AUGAAAUCCACCAUUUACUUCGUAUUGUUGUUGUGUGUGCUGCACUUACAGCAGACAACGCCUAAGGAAGAGGAACAAGCGCCUAAGGAAGAGGAACAAGCGCCUAAGGAAGAGGAACAAGCGCCUAAAGAAGAGGAACAAGAUAUCAUCGUCUAUUUCGACCAACAAGUCACAACGGAUUUGAUGGGAGAUGCGGUAUCUGACCCGGUAACUCCAAUGCAAAGCCUCACACCCACUCAAGGCUUCUAUUUGGAAUGUUUCAACGUACCCACGUUUAAACUUGCUUCGUAUUUCGUAUUUGCAUUUGGCUCACAGUUACUAGCAAGUAGUGUGUGGGGUUGA